GUACUUUAACUAACGAAUAGACUUAUUUAUUAAAUGCAAACAAAUUUCAAGAAUUCUGAAUAUAAUCUUGGAUAAAUUGCAUAAAUUCCUAUAUUUUCAAAAUUUAGCUAAAAAUCUCCCCUGUUAAAACAAAAGGCAAAAAUACCCCUAUAUUUUUCUAAAUGUUGCAUACUCUCCUUUCAUUGGGUGAGUGGGAUACACUCUCUGUUAGUUUUUAACGGAGAAGGGAUUUUUUGCUGUGUUUUAUAAAAUAUAGCGAAAUGUUAGUUAAAUUUUAAAAACACAAAGGGUAUGCAAUUUACCUUAUAAACUUUUAAAUUAUAAAGGAUUUACGUAUAAUUACGGGGAGAGAAUCGUAAUUAAAUCCCUUAUUUUAAAGUUAGAAGGAGGAGGGAGGAAUUGAAGCGAAAAUGUGGGAAACCAAGCAAGUUAGAAUAGAAAGGGUUAUUUUGGGGGGUGAUUGUGGUUGUGGCCGGGAAUUCCUCCCAACCUUUGCUGUCUCAAAACUCAUCAAAACGACAGUUUUCUUCAACUCAUUCUUUCUACCCUCGAAAAACACAACUCUAAAUCUCACAAAACAUCAUGCAUCCAUGCAUGUUCUCUUCUUUUCUCUCUCUAAAACAUCCUUCAUCUCUGGCCUCUCUUUCUCGUUUCUCUCCUUCCGGGAGCCGGCCACCCACCCCUCUUCUUUCUCUCUAGAUUUCCUUCACAACAAUCCCAUUCCCAUUAUUCAAUGGGUAGCUGCUGCGCCCGGGGCACCACCGAUGAUGCUCCAGCGCAACCCGCCGGCGACAACUCCACCGCCCACGCCAAUGAGGGAGCAACAGCCAACCCCUCCUCCACCCCACCACGCACGCCGCCCCCCGCCUCCCCCAACCACUCCUCCAAGCCUGCUAAGCCCACCCCAGUAGGCCCCGUGCUCGGCCGCCCCAUGGAGGACGUUCGCUCCACCUACACCAUGGGGAAGGAGCUGGGCAGAGGCCAGUUUGGCGUCACCCAUCUCUGCACUCACAAGCAAACCGGCGAACAAUUCGCCUGCAAGACCAUCGCCAAGAGGAAGCUGGCGAACAAGGAAGACAUCGAGGACGUUAGGCGGGAGGUCCAGAUUAUGCACCACCUCACGGGGCAGCCCAAUGUUGUCGAGCUCAAAGGGGCUUUCGAAGACAAGCAUUCCGUGCACCUGGUCAUGGAGCUUUGCGCCGGCGGCGAGCUCUUCGACCGGAUUAUUGCCAGAGGGCAUUACACGGAACGCGCCGCCGCGUCGCUGCUUAGGACUAUUGUACAAAUUGUGCAUACCUGUCAUUCCAUGGGGGUUAUUCACAGGGAUCUCAAGCCUGAGAAUUUCUUGCUGUUGAAUAAGGAUGAGAAUUCGCCUCUCAAGGCCACAGAUUUUGGCCUCUCCGUAUUCUAUAAAGAAGGAGAAGUUUUCAAAGACAUUGUGGGUAGUGCUUAUUACAUAGCUCCGGAAGUCUUGAAGCGAAGAUACGGACCAGAAAUUGAUAUCUGGAGUAUUGGGGUCAUGCUGUAUAUCCUUCUGUCUGGAGUUCCUCCUUUCUGGGCAGAAUCGGAGAACGGAAUAUUCAAUGCGAUUUUACGUGGACAUGUUGAUUUUAGUAGCGACCCAUGGCCUUCAAUUUCCAAUGGAGCAAAGGACCUUGUUCGGAAGAUGUUGCAUACAGAUCCCAAGCAAAGGCUGACAGCAUUCCAAGUGCUAAAUCAUCCCUGGAUCAAGGAGGAUGGAGAGGCACCCGAUGUUCCUCUUGACAAUGCUGUUCUGAAUAGGCUCAAACAGUUCAGAGCUAUGAAUCAGUUCAAGAAAGUUGCACUCCGGGUUAUCGCGGGCUGCCUGUCAGAGGAAGAAAUCAUGGGACUGAAAGAAAUGUUCAAGGGAAUGGACAGUGAUAACAGUGGAACAAUUACUCUUGAAGAGCUAAAGCGAGGUUUGGCCAAGCAAGGUACGAAGCUGUCUGAAUAUGAAGUGAAGCAGUUAAUGGAAGCUGCUGAUGCUGAUGGCAAUGGAACAAUAGACUACGAAGAAUUCAUCACAGCAACGAUGCAUAUGAACAGAAUGGACAAAGAAGAGCAUCUUUACACCGCAUUCCAGUAUUUUGAUAAAGACAAGAGCGGGUACAUUACAGUAGAAGAACUAGAGCAGGCUCUCCGAGAGUUUGGCAUGGAUGAUGGCAAGGACAUAAAGGAUAUCAUCAGUGAAGUUGAUUCUGAUAACGAUGGCCGGAUCAACUAUGAUGAAUUUGCAGCCAUGAUGAGAAAAGGUAAUCCAGAUACGGCAGUGAACCCCAAGAAGCGGAGAGAAGGCGUCUUCACUUCAUAGCUGUGACAACGUGCAACAUAAGGAGAAGAAGAAGCUUUCAAACUAUGCACCUCCAUUUCUUCAGUGGAGGAGGGCAGGCCGACGGGUUGCAGUCUCAGAGAUAUGAAAUACGAAAUUCUUUUGCAUGCCAGAAUUCGGAGGGAUAACAUUUGAGGUUUCUACAACAGAUUACUUCGGAUUUGAGGAUCGUGGAUUCAAGGAGGUUGGCCAGAUUACUCCCCAUGUAUGAGCAGUGAAGUCGUGUAAAGGCUCUCUCUAACUUGUAAAUAUCAGGGGUCUUCAUAUGUGUCUAUGUAUUAUAAGUGAUCUAGAUUAGCUGCAUUUGACGAUGUAUAGCGAACCUUUGUGACCAAAGAUGUGGAUCAUUUUCUUUCAUGUUUUAGUCUUUCCAACUGUUCAUAUUUUCCAGGAUCAAUGAUGAAUUUCGCAAGAUCAUUAAAAGGGGUAAAGAGAUGUCCGUUAUUUACUUUUCAAGCUUCACAUAAGCUGGCUCAUGAAUCCAUUGUACUUGAAAUAUAGUAUUGUGCACAUCUCAUUUUAACUAUACAACCAACACCAUUCACUCAAAGAGGCAAAGCUUCUUCUGUCGUGGUCAUUAAUCAUAAGCUGAAGCAUACUAACUUAUCAUUUUCUUGCACUUCAUCCAAGCAACUGAGAACCACAGUUUUCCAAAUCAACAUAUAUACUUAUAUAUCUCAGUGGGGCGAUGGAUCGAACAUGCACAAGUAUAGGCAUAUAUGCAACUAAGUGAUGGUAAAACAGCAAGCUCUUCUCAACCACAAUUAACCUUCCAUGGAAUGAUAACACAGAUUAUCACAACCAACAGACUAACAAAUUACUCUUGAUCAGUAGUUAUUUUACAUCCAUCUAGCCACACCGUACAACCAGAAAACGUGGGUUCGUAUAAAAUCUAUCACUAAUUCCAGUAAACAAUCCUCUGCCCUUCAUGUUUGAUUACUUUAGACAACUGCUCACAAAAUUCCAAGCAGAGAAGGCAGCAUAAAUAAACUAAUGGACGCAGCAGAAUUGAGCAUGUAUCUACUUUAUACUCUAAAAACCAAUAUCACUUGAUACUCCUGCGUUUUUCUUAUACAUUUAUUUUAUUAUUUUUAUGUCCGGCCAACAAGGAUUCAUGCUUGGGAGAUACUGCCACAAAAUUUCUGUUGUAAACUUCAAAUAGUUAGCACAUUACUAUAAACAGAUACGGUAAACAAAAAGGAGUUGAGAACAAGAUUAUAAGUCAACCCACAUUGCAUUAGUUCCUCAAGAUCC